AUGUCUCCGUACAUGCAGCUGCAGUGGAAUCCAUUGGCGAACCUGGCACCUGCCAGGAGCGGGGGGAAAAAAGCCGUGCUGAAUCUCUGUCCCAACACGUUAAGCCAAGACAACCCAACCGCCAACAGUGCGCGGAGCAGGGCUUCGCCGAUGAAAGCGAAGCGAGAGACAUACAUGUACCUGUACAUGACCGAUGCCAUCGACGGUGCAUUGAACUAA